GCCACCGCUGCCGCUACGACGGCAAGAGAGGGCGCCGUACGACCCGGUGGCGGGGAGGACUCUGAGGGCAGACGUUCCAAAGCCACCCCGACGGAGAGACACGCCGAGACGCCCCAGCCACUGGGAGCCCUUCGGUCUUAAUUCGGUUGUUUGAACUCGGCUGAAAAGGUGGAGGGCCCAGGGACGCGAGGAACCAAGGAGUCGGUGAACGACUCGAAGGACGAAGACGGAUCGGACGUCACCUCGACUCUAAGCGGCCUGCUAGCCGGUCUUCCGACCUUGGUGGGCCCCCAACGCCUCGCCAAUUCUCUCAGGCAAAAGUUCGCUAGCAACUCUGAGGGAUGGCGAGAUUCAGUGUUGGGGGCCCCGCGUCGCUUAUUGGUGACUCUCGGCAGUCUCUCCAGGGACAGUUCGCCGUGUCCUGCCGCGAAAAAGGAGGAAACUCUACCGAGCCUUCCCGUCUCGGAUCUAGAGACGACCAUGCAAAAAUACUUGGCGCAGGUCGAAGUGAUCGCGCCGCAUCAUUUAGAAAGGACUCGGAGCUUAGUGAGAGCCUUUCUCUCGGGGCCUGGACCGAAACUCCAGCAACGUCUCUUGGAACGUAGACAGAAGACGGGAAAUUGGGCGACAGAAUGGUGGCUAAAUGAUAUGUACCUGUCCGUCCCACUGGCUUUGCCAAUUAACAGCAAUCCCGGUCUAAUUAUGAAAACGAAGAGAUUUGCAAACCAGCGGGAAUCUGCGGCAUUUCUCGCGCGAUUUCUCAUCGAGCUCCUCAACUAUCAAGAAAAAUUGGACAGGUGCGAAUUGGAAGUCGAACGGGUCAAGUCUAAGGAUGGUAAAAAUACACAACCGCUCUGCAUGGCGCAACAUUACCAAAUGUUGCGGAUUUAUCGGCGACCCGGGGUGAACGGCGACGAGCAAAUUCUCCUCGAUAGAGCGGCCUCCGGCGAUCACAUCGUCGUCGCACACCAUAAUCGGUUUUACAGCGUACCGGUGAGAGCGUCGGACCGAGACCGAAUCACGGAAGCCGAACUGGUACAGCAGUUACUGAUGAUUAUGGAAACCAAAGCCGAUCCUAGAACCCCACCGGUUGGAAUUCUCACGACUGCAAAGCGGCCAGUCUGGGCGAAGGCGCGAGAGGAACUGAUCAAAAAUGAAUGCAAUCGACACAAUCUGGAACUAUUGGAGCGUUGCCUGUGCAUCGUCUGCAUCGACGAUGACGCGCUGCCAACCACGUUCAACAAUCCAAUAAGAAAGGAGGAUCGGUGGAUCGGUGAUCGAGAUUACGCGAACGUGCUGCAUCACGCCCUUCACGGUGGAGGGUCCAGACACUUGGCCGCGAAUCGUUGGUACGACAAGACUCUCCAACUCUUCCUUGGCAAGGAUGGAUUAUGGGGAUUUACGUACGAGCAUUCCGCCGGUGAAGCACCGGCUAUAUUUAAUGCUUUCGUGGAUAUCACAGAGAAAGUGGACUCGAUGACGCCGCCGGAUGAAAAUCUAGUGCCCUCGCAUCUUCCGGCACCAGAGAAAAUGGACUGGUGUCUCAGUGAGCAAAGCUUGAACGACAUCAGAGAUGCGAUGAUGAGCAUCGACGCGCUGGUCGAAGAUUUGGACCUCUGUAUUAUGUCGUUCGAGGAUUAUACGAAGGAAUUCAUCAAAUCCUGCAAAAUUAGCCCCGACGUAUAUAUACAAUUGGCGCUCCAGCUUACGUAUUUCAGACUUCACGGGAGAUUGGUGGCUACUUACGAGAGCGCCGGCAUCCGGAGGUUCGCGCUGGGCCGUGUAGACUGCAUCCGAGCCGCGAGUCCAGAGGCGCUGGCAUGGGCAAAGGCGAUGUGUCAGGGCGAUCCUCACAGUCAGACCGGAUCCAAUCAGUCAAACAACGCCUUGGAUGGGAGCCCCAAAAGAGUUCAGUUCACCAUUUACAGUGCGGAAAGAAUCAAGGAGCUGUUUGAUCUAGCGGUACAGAGACAGACCAAGGAAAUGAACGAUAACAUACACGGACACGGCAUCGACAACCAUCUGAUGGGGUUGCGUUACGCAGCGAUGAAGGCCGGCGAGCCGAUCCCGGACAUCUUCACGGACGAAACUUACGCGAUCGUUAAUCACUUUGCCCUAUCGACGUCACAGGUGACGACGAAGAGUACGACAAUCGCCGGGUAUGGCCCGGUAGUGCCGGAUGGUUACGGAUGCGCCUACAAUAUGCGGCCAAACGGCUUCGUAUUUUCGGUUUCUGCCUUUCAUAGCGACGGCAGAACCAACGCGAUGCAAUUUGCGCAAACAUUAGAACAAAGUCUACGAGAUAUGGCAGCUAUGAUAAAAAAUUCGAAAAAGUGAUAAACUGACACUGACAGCUUCCGCCUCUCCCAUCAAUCUCGCCGAGAUUAAAGAAAAGAGAGAAAUAGAAAAGAGCGUAAGCUUCGCGAAUCACACGAGGGUGGUUCGAAACGCACAUCAGACUUAUCGAACGAUAUAAGUACUCAGACGUACGUUGAGUAAUAACGACAUCACUCUUGUAUCCUUUUUUUAUCCCUUUUACCGUACGCUGCCGAAAACUCCACUCUAAGAACAUCCUGUACAUAGAAAUACCAUCGUUUAUCAUUUUCAUUGUACUAUAUUAGCGGAAAUAACCUUCGCAGAAUUGUGUCGCCUAACUCGAAAGUUGAUUUAUUUGAUGCGAAGGAGACGUGUAUGAAUUAGAGUUGACUUUCUAAAUUUAUUUCCUACUUUAACGGCGACGGGAGUGGCAAUGUGGAGAAGAAUGCGACUUUCGAAGCACCCUUGCAUCAAAGAAAGUAAUUGUCGUAGAUUCGUACACGAGUGUAAGUAACGUGCGCGUGCGUAGACGUGACACAGAGGAAUUAGACGUAAGAACUCGCUCUCGCACAAUUCGUUAGAUGUGUCGCUGGUUUGAUAUAAUCCCUAACAAGUAGGAGGAGAGUAGAGGUGAAAAUACUGGAGCAAAGAAGCGCGCGCGUCGCCGAAGCGCGCAAACUCAUCGAAAGCUGUUGUAAUAUUUAAGAUGUUCUUUGUUGUAUGGGCUACUAGAAGUGUGUGUGAAUCUCUCGUUGUCUGUUUUCUAGAAAAGUAUAUACGCACACACAAACGAACAAACACACACGCACAUAUACAGUAUUAGUCGACUCGCGUUAACGAGCACAGUGAAUUAAAUCCUACUGCGGUAGCCGUCAUAUAGUAAGCGAGUAUGUUAGAGAUCGAUCGGUCGGUCGUUUUAAAACUCUGAUCCACUCGUAAAGUUUCUUGGGACGCGUUACUCCCGAGCGCUGGAAAAAUCCUAUCCUAUCGUGUAUUAUGUCGUUUCCACAAACGACAAAGUUGCGCGCAUUGUACUGUUUCGCGAUGCAUCUUGAAAAAUCUCUCGCCGAAAGGACGAUCUUUUGUAGCAAAAAAUGUGAAAAAUGUGAAUCUUUCUGUACAGACUUUCAUGCGCAAAGAUUGAGUAAAAAUUAUUCGUCUUUAUCGCGUAUUUCUCAUGACAAAUAUUUUGGACGUGCUCGUUCUUCGUAGUUACCGACUGAAUUUCUCGCUCACUCGUGUUUCUUAGAAAUAUUCUUAGAGAUAUUCAUUGCGCUGCCGAAGAAAGGGGUGCUUUCCAGCGCACGGGUCUCGUCUGCCGCAGGAACACCCUAAAUGUGGCCAAUCGUACGUAUGUUGGCGCCCGCACAGUAAACUCUUGUCCAAUUCUUAGAUAGGUCGACGGAUCGCAUCGCUCGAUAAAAGCCAAUCGAUCGUCGACAAUAUAGCUCUAACUAUCGCGCUAUUUUUCCGCUUCCUGUGAUUAGGUUCAAGCGGGAACAUGAUGCAGGGAGUCAACAAGUAGUGACUCGAUAUCUUGAGGAUUGAAAGGGUUCCAAUUGUCGUCGCAUAAUUUUCUUAACGGAGUUUCUUCCUUUUCAGAAAUCAAUUGGAAUCAUUUUUUUGUCAGUCAAUUUGGCUAUCGUUAUAAGUUCUCGUAUAAUCAACGGUUGGACGCAAAGAGCUCUUGCUAAGCAAAAAAAAAAGAAGAAAUAAAUAAAGAUGAAAUCGUGUUUUUUAGCUGAUCGAUUCGUAAUGUCAAAAAUGGAAUAAUGUGAUCACUGUUUUUCAUUAAAAAAAAAAAGAAUCAAUUUUGUGGGCUAGCCGUUAAAAAGCAAGAAAUGUGUCAUUAAAAAUUAUACAGAAUUUGAAUAUGCUGUAUGUCAAACUUUUCAGAAAUGAUGACCAGCUUUUGCAAAAAAAUUAUGAUACAUAUCCACAUAAUUACAUAUCCAUUUAUAUCAAAUGGCUGUUUUACGUGUAUAAAGUCAUUUUUAUGCACUGACUCUCUCAUGAUGAUCCCACUUCACUAAACGAUAAUAUAUUAAGUCGUUAACCCUUUAGAGGUGGUAACCCCACGUUUCCACGGCUGCGCGAUUUAGAAAAUUUAGAUGAUUUGUUGCGCUCGCCUUGUCCUCUCGUACUGACUUUUUACUGUUAGCAUUCUAGUUAGAAUAACGGCGACUGACGGCGAUUACCGAGGGAAAUCGUCUCGUCAUCUCACAGAUAUGAGAUGAGAUAAAAAGUUGUUAGGAACGCCGCUUGGCCUUCUAAUUCUAGUCGGUUACUAGGAACGAUGAGGGAAAAUUGACGCUGUGGAAGACUUGGGGAUCUGUUGAGUUCGUGUGAUAAACAAUAUUUCUUCGAUCUGUUAUCGUAUCUAUCGUGCAAAAAGCAAGAUAGUCCAAGAUUUGCUUAAGUCUACUCUUCUACGAUAUAUACUGAGUCUUCCUCAUCUGCAUUUUCCUAUCCAGACGUCGUCGAUAUUAGAUGAUAUAGAUCCGUUAAUGUUAUUUAUAUUUUAUUUCUCAUAUUCAUAUCAGACUCAUGUUUUAACUUUCAAAUUCUUUAUCUAUUUUCUUUAUGAUCUACCGUUACGCUCACUCUUUUGAUCAAGUACUCGAGGAUGUCCGAUUUCGUCCAAUCUUAGUAUUCGUAGAGUUAAAUCGGAAAACUUUUACUUGUUUGUUCUGGCUCUUUGUUGAGAUUCGUCGUCGAAGCUUCGCCGUAAGUAGAAUUUAAUCUAUGUUGUCGUUAUCCAAUUCGUUUGUUGAGUAAGUUAUUCAUAAGUUAUUCGUUCAAAUUUUACGAAAGUUCGAAAAAGUCAAUUUACCGUCGAGUACAUUUGCGAAAAGUACGAGAGAGCAUGGGUCUCUUCGUUAUUGUUAAAAAAAAAGAAAACGAAACAAAAAAUAUAUAUGUGUGUGUAUAUGAUAGCGUGUGAAUUCGCAAAUACAUAGAUAUUCUCGCGUAUGCCGUGUACAACUAAAAUGUGCACCUCUGUUGCAUGAAUUUUCGAAGCAAAUUGUUGACAAAUUGAUGUUGAAAAAGGUUUAUAAAUAGCCUGAAAACGAUGCAAGAAUUAGCAUUGGAAACGUUCGCCUAGAUAAAUAAAAAGAAAAAAAAAAUAUAUACACAUAUAUAUGUAUAUAACGAAAAAAUCCAAUACACCAAAGAAAUACUCUGUCGAAACGAAUCAUAUUCGAAGCAAUGCACCUUUUAGUUGCGCCUCGCAUACGUAACAACAUGUGCAAGUGUUCUCUACUAGAUCUAUAAGAAAGUAAAAAAUAUCUACUAUUACAAUUAAGGCCACGAAAUACAGUUAGAGAUACUUUACUUAUACAUAUCGCGAAACCAUUGUGAUCGCACUUUUGCGGCCAAGAAAUUCACAUGCAUAUCAGGCGAAAGCCAACAUAGCGACGAUUUUACUCCGAGAUAACGUAUAUUCUCGGUAUAAAUCGCUGGAGUGUGCUUACGAAUGUAUAUAAUUAUAGCUCGAGUUCUAAGUAGUAGAUAGAAAUAUAUUGGUGCGUUAAAUUAUUCAUUGUUUUCGUGAUGAUGUCGGUUGUUUUGCGUGAAACGCGACGAAACAAAAUUCUAUGGUUUUUACACGUGGUUUUUAAAUUUGAACAGAGGACUACAUAUCAAAUUGUGCUAAUUGUAAGUUCCAUGAUAAUCACGUUUAACAAUUAAUCCUCAUAGCUCUGAAGGCUUAUGAGCAAUUGGUGUCUAUGUAUCUUAUAUAUAGUUACAAUUUAUGAAAAAUAUAUUAUUUUCGCGUACACAAUGUGAUUAUUAGAAUAUACAUUUUAAACUAUGCGUUUGAAGACUGUUAAUGUUAGCAAAUGGUAAAGCGUGAUAAGAAAGAAACUAGAGAGGUAUAGCUUUAUAGAAUAUAUAUAAUAUUAAAAUAAUGUUAAUAACAUAGGAUUCGCGCGCGUCGAACUUCGCACUUCGAACUAUGAGGAUUGAACAAAUAAACUCAUAUUUCUCAUCCAAAUGUCACAACAUACUAAACACGCUAAAAUAUAUAUAUAUAUAUAUAUAUAUAUAUUACGUUUGUUACAGAAUUAAUUUUUAAAAUCGUCGUGGUUCACGCAUACGACUCGUAACCGUUAUGUGCGAGGGUCGCUUUCGUCGUUGUUAAAAUGUUUAUUGAAAAAAAAUUCGUAAAUAUAUAUAUUAUACAUAUAUUAUCAACCUCGCGGCUCUCGCUCGCGGUCGAUCAGUUUGAAAAAAUUUGGGAAACUUGAGACUAUCAAGUAGAUGAUUCUCGAAACGAAAAUUACGAACACACGAGAAUAAUUAUGUCGUAUAUUAGCGCCUGACUAUAUUUAAUGAUAUCACUUGAAGCCAGCUUUUGAUGAUCUCGCGAUAUACAUAAAUAUAUUACAAUCUUACCUACUAUUCUUCGUAUUUGAAAUUAUAUUUCCUUAUUUCGACUCGUUCAAUAAAUUUAAUAUUUUUUACUUUCAAUUUUUUCUAAUGUAUUAUAACGCUAUUGGAAACUUUCGCUAUUGUUCUUUAUAAAAUAUUGCAUUUCUUUUUGCUUUCGAUUCUUCAUUCAAUAUAGAGGAAAAGAGAAAUAUGUCGUUUGACUGGUCACAGAUUAAUAAUAAUAUAGACGAGAAAUAAAAGUGAGUAUAUCCAGCUGUAAACUGGAAAGUCAAGACAAACUUUGAAUUUAUGAAAGAGCUAUAUGUAAAAAAUAAUACCCAUAGACAAUCUAUAAUUUGAAUUUCGUCCUUUUCGUUUCUCGGCAAAUUAAGUUGUUACAUCCUUUCGAGCAAAUUCACUAAAAUAUUCCUUGGUUAGUUAAUUUGCAUUUCUAAUUGCCGAUUACGAGAAGUUCUGAAUUAAUAUAUAUGUUGGAUCAAAAAUUCAUUCUUUUGAUGGAAAAAGGAAAGAUUGUAUACGAUAAAAAAUUUGAAGAAUCGUGGCGCAAAUUAAUCACUCUCGUGCGUGAAGCAUUCGAUAGAUAAACAAGUAAAUACAUCCAGCUUUCCGCUCGCGCGGAAGACAUACACAGCAUACCUCUGCUAAGUAAAUGACUCACGUCGAAAGUAUGUUGUAUAAAAUGUGUACGUUUCUUCGUGCAAAAAUAAAUUCCAUCGGUACCA